AGCCGGUAGUCGACCCAUUUUCAUUUUUAAUUUAACCCGAAAAUCGUUUUUUUUUUUUUUAAGAAGACGAAUACCGGAUUUGACGACUCUAGUAGAGACUAAAGACCACAGAGGAAACAUAUGAUCUACAAGCACGGGUUGAUAAUUGUUUGAGAUGGGGAUUGUGGUGGGAGCAGGAGGUAAGGUUCUAAAAAGGAAGAAAGAAAGAAGUGGAUGAUGAUUGAUGAUGAGAUAAAACUCACAAAAGAAGAGCUAGUUUAUCCACAAGAAAAUUAAAUAAAUAAAUAAAAAAAAAUCCCAUUUUCUUUUCUUUCAUUUCAUUUUCUGUUACCCCAAAAAAAUAAACACUGUUUGUAGUUUUGGAUAGACAACAUUACACUACACUCCAAUUUUCUCUCUCUUUCAUUCAUUCAUUCAUAAUCCCGCCGUAGUGGAAAUGAAGUGUCAUCUUCAACCUCACAGAAUCACAUAAUCUUGCUAAAAUCCAUCCUCUUUUUUCUCCCUUUUUAUCAUUAUUAUAAUUAAGAUUGAUGAUAAAAUCUUCCUUUAAUAAAAACCACCUACAUUCUACCCACUUAAAAAACUCAUCUUUCAUUAAUGCGGCGCUUGAUCAUUUACAACUCCAAAAACCCAGAAUUUUUCUUGUAUUUUCUUCAAUUUUAACCCCUUUAAACAAUUUUUGUUAUGUUCUUCUAUAUGGAUUAUUUUGGUUAGUGGAGUAGUACAAGAUUUGGUUGGCUAAUUAUAGCUUUUAAAUUGCUUGAACUCUUGAAAGUUUCUUGUGCCUUGGAAACGAGUGUAGUUGUUGUUUAGGGAAAUUAAGCACAUUGUAGUGUAUUUAUGUGUCUGAACUGAAGAUUCAAUCAGUUUUGCUAUAAAGGUUGCUUCAUAGCUUUUAAGUCUUCUUAGAUCAAAGAGGUGAGGAGACUGCUUGGGUUGAAGUUAUAUAUUUGUGUAGUUGAUUGGAAGUUAAGGGUGUUCUCAAUUGGGGUUGUGCAAGUAUCUUCUGAAUUGCUGUGAUUCUGUGAACUAAAUGCAUGGAGAGAGAACCUAUGCCAAUGUCAGGACAAGGUGGGUUUUAUAUGCAGAAAGGAUUGGCCGGGUUACAUGGGCCGCAAAGUGUCCAUUCAUUGCCUAAUUCCGGGAUGCCUUUCCAGUCAAAUGUCGGAGGCUCUUCAGGACCGAGUAUGAGGGUGGAACCCUCUUCAACUGUUCUAUCAGAUGGCCGUGGUAUAGGUGCACCAUCAUCAAUGCAGGCUUCUGUUACACCAAUGCGAAGGAAAAGAGGAAGGCCUCGGAAAUAUGGAAUUGAUGGGAAAAUGUCAUCAGACCUCUCCUCUGUAUCAGCUGCCCCUAGGAUUAUAAACACCUCAACUGAGAAGAGGGGUAGAGGCCGGCCUCCUGGUAGCGGAAGAAAGCAACCAUUGGCUCCCUUUGGCAAAUUUGUGUCUGGUUCAGCUGGUGUGGGCUUUACUCCUCAUGUUAUUCAAGUUGCAGCAGGGGAAGACAUUGCAUCAAAACUCUUGGCAUUUGCACAACAAGGGCCUAGAGCUGUAUGCAUAUUGUCAGCAAAUGGUGCUGUCUCCACAGUGACCCUACGGCAGCCCUCAACUUCUGGUGGUACCGUCACAUAUGAGGGGCGCUUUGACAUAUUAUGCAUGUCAGGAUCUUUCUUGCUUCUUGGUAAUGAUGGUUCUCGUGAUCGAAGUGGUGGUGUGAGCAUUUCACUUGCAAGCCCUGAUGGUCGUGUCAUUGGUGGUGCCAUUGGUGGAAUGCUUAUUGCAGCCUGCCCUGUUCAGGUAAUAGUUGGGAGCUUUUUAUGGACAACCCCAAAGACAAAUCCAAAGAUUAAAGAAGGAAAUGAAGGUGGUGAAGAUUCGGAGCAUUAUUCUGUUGAAAAUACGAUGAUGGCUCCUCCAAGUGGUCGACAGAGCCAAAAUUUAUCGUCUCCAACCUCUGCGAUGGGUGAAUGGGCUAGUCCACAGACGCUGGACUUGAGAAACUCUCAUAUGGGCAUUGAUCUGAUGCGUGGAUGAAAGGGAUAAUUACCUCUGUAAAUAUCUUCUCUCUUUUGAAUGCUACACUAAUUAAUGUCUAAUCUAACUAUUGUAUAUCAGCAGCUCAACCCAAAGAAAGGAGUAGGGCUCAUUUUAGGCUUGAUACUCCCUUAUUUUGACAUGGAAAUCAUGUUUAUGUCAUUCUUACAAGGUACUGAAUACUUCGUAUAUGUUAGAUUUGCUUAACAUAAUUUUCUUUCAUCUGCCAAGUACCUGCCUUGGAUAAUGGAUAUUUGAGACAUAGUAUGGAGUAUAUGUUUGAUGCUUUGAUGUUGUAAUUUAUGCCACUAGUAUAACGAGACAUGCUCGAAUCUGAUUUUUGGAAA